AACACUUUGCUGGGUCUGUAAGUGGACAACCAAGGGUCUGUUCUGGUCUGAGUGCGUCAUGAUAAAGCCAGACCAUUUACACAAGCAAGGAUCUUACAAACAGAACUGGAUCUAUUGGAGGAAUUUGAGAGGAAAGUGUCCUGUAUUUGAUCUAGUCAUUUGGAGGUGGGAUCUCAGAGCUCCACGCUUAAUUUCACGUUGCGACUGUUUUUCCUUUGCGCACAGGAGAGCUGGCUGUGCAGCAGUAGCACCAUGGAUAAAUUCUUCACGGGAACUAUAACAAGUUGUCCUAUAAAAACCAGGAAUACACUGAGACAUCAGCCAUCCUACAGUUUUGAUGCAUCUUUCCUCUCUGAUGUUUCUUAUGAGUGCUUCUCCACCAACCCAGAAACAGGCUUAGUGCAUGUUUGCCGUCGAAGUCCACGCCUACUUGCAAAUGGCUACUAUGUACUAACAGAAGACAGUGUUGUUACCGAUGACCAGGGUAACAUGACCCUCACUCCAACACAGACCAACAUUUCCUACAAAGAAAAUCUUGCUCGAAUUUUCCGUCGAAGACGCAAAAACAGAAGGUCUUUUGCCACACUCUUGAAUGACAUCAGUCAGUCAUUACUCAGUGGAAGUAUUUUUAGCAGAGAGGGUAAAUUGUCCUCUACUGAACGGUCAUCAUGUUUGGAUGUUAGCGGCAGCACUGAUGAAGACACCUCUGUCAGUUUCACAUAUGAUCCCACAGAAAGUGUGCAUAUUAAAGACAAAGAAAUAUUUUUACCAGAGGUGGAUUCUCUCUCUCAAGACUGCGUUGCUCCUGUUUUGCCUGCUCAGUCACUGAAUAGUCUGAUUGAUGUUCCACCACGAUGUAAAUGUUAUUGCACACCCACAAAUCCACCCUCAGAUGCAGGGUUUAGGAAAACCUUCAUUGUCCUCCUCUUCACACUUUGUGUCUGUGCAAACAUAUUUUCCAGAUAUGUGUGUGGAGGAAUUGCUGUGGCAGUGGCUUUCCUUUUCCUGAUAUCAUCUAAAUGUGGCUCUAAGCCUAGAACAGCACACACAGUUUGGACCAAGACUGAAGAUAUCACAUCAAGAAACGAGUGAUGAAGAAACACACACGGCCUAACUCGUUCAAACAGACACAAAUAAGCAAGACGUGAUUAACUAAAUUCAGAUCUUAAAUAACUCAAGCAUGUUAAAAAAAAUCCACAUCACUAAUGGCCAAAAGUUUUCUAAUGUUUGUGAUCACUUGUCUUUGUAUAUUGACUACGAUUCAGAAGAUUUUAAUGUGCUCUUAAAGAAGCAACAUAACCAAAAAACUUAUGAAGUCACUUCUAACCGUUCAAUAACUCACUUACUUUGCUAUUCCAUAUCCUAGUAAUUCAAAUGUCGAUUCAAUAACAGCUCCCACUGAAAAAACAUAUUAAUUUUUUUUUUUAAUUAGUAAAGCAUCAAGCCUAUAAGAGCAUUUGAAAAUAGUGUACAAUGAAGUUACAAAGCUAUGGAAUAGAAAAGUCUAUAUAUUUGUGCUAUCUAUGAUAUUUAUGUUAUAUAUUUUAUUUGUGUAGGCCAGUAGUAUGGAUUUUAUAAGGUGUGUUUUACUCUGUAUUAUUAUUAUUAUUAUUAUUAUUAACAGCAAUAAUAAUAAUAAUAAUAAUAAUAAUAACUUUGACGUUGUCUCUGAGACAUAGCUGUAGAAAAGGUUCAGCUGCACUUACUUGGCACAUUAUAUCACUGUUAUCAAUAUUAACAUAGAAUGUAAAUACAUUCAUUUGAGUAGUAUUUUGGCACAGAAAUGUAAGUAAUUGGCCUUCAAUGCAGUUGUCGGCAAUGCAAUUUGUUAUUUAUUUUUGUCAGAGAUAUUACAUUAUAUAAGCAAUAUUACACAAGUAUUUACAUUUUAUAGAAGUUAAAAAAUGGAUCAUAAUGAUCUCAUCCUCUGGACUGGUUAAAUUUAUGCCAUUGGGCUUUAAGUUGUAAUGACACAGCAGUGAAAAUACACCUCUUAGAAGAGGAGUGGGGGAGCUGUUAAAAAUUGGUACUUAUUGAUCAUUAAGUGCCUUUCCUCUUGUGUCAUCAGGUACUCUUAUUCAUAGCUGUGUGCUCAGAUUCAGACCUGAAGCCCUGCUGUACACAUGCUAAGCGAUGGUCAAUGAUAUUUAGUGACACAGCCGCUAGCCCCGCAUGUACGGAAUGUUAAUGACUAAUACGGAUAACAUAACGGUAUAUAAAUGAGCCACAGACUGAGCUGAAUCUUUCUGACCAUGUUCAGAUUUUAUGAGACAUUUGUUAGGUAUACCUCAAUACUUGGUAUGAGACUAAGUGAGUUCUGUAGCACAUUUUUAUUGUACCAGCAGAUAUUCCAUAUUUUUUACAAUAGGCACUUAGGCCACACAGAUAUUGUGAAUGGGUUAUUAAACUGAAUUUAUUUUGUGGCUCAA